AUUCCUCAAGUCAACAUAGAGCGAUAAACUUUCCAAUUGUCUUAUAGCUUUUUUCUGAUCCUGUUCUAAAAUGGCUUUCAAAGCUAUGCUCUUUUUGUUCACCACUCUUCUUGUGGUCACCACAAGAAUUUCAUGUCAUGACGACGAACUCUCAGAGGCACCCACUCAUCCACCACAUCUACAUCAUCCAUCUCGUGGUCCUCAUCAUGCACAUCCACCUGCCACUUAUUCACAUCCACCAAAGGCACACGCUCAUCCACCACAUCAUGAACAUCAUCAUGAGAUUGCACCAUCUCAAGCUUCUCAUCAUGCACAUCCACCAAAGGCACACCCUCCUCAUCAUGUGCCCCCGGUUGCUGCACCCACUUUUGCACCACUGCCCCCAUUGAAGUCAGCACAUAAUUGCACACCUGUGUGUUUUGAGAGAUGCAACCCAGGUAAAGGGAAGAAAGAGUGCGAGAGAGCAUGCACGAGAUGUUGUAAACAAUGCUUGUGUGUUCCAACAGGACCACGCGGUACUAACUUGGAAAAAUGUGGCAAGUGCUACUCCGAGGUGACCCAUCACGGCCAAAUAUACAAGUGCCCUUGAAGCAGCCUAUAAUAUAUCAUCACUUGCUGGUUAUAUUGAUAAGUCUGCAAUAAGUAUUAAUUUCAGCAAUAAAAGUUUGUAAUAGUAUCAUAAAGGUGUGAAAAUAAUUUGUUUUCCAGUGUACUUUCUACUAUUUAUUUUCCUCUAAGCAAUAAAUUUGUGCAUAUAGUAUUAGGCCAAGACUCUUGUAUACCAUAGUGCGGUGCCUACUAUAUAUUCCCAUUUACAAUUUCAGAUAUUAAUA